CGUUUGGUUAAGGGGGAGAGAGAGAGAGAGUAGGCCGAAGCAGACCACAAACACACAAACACAAAGGAAAGGAGAAAGCCGCCUAUCCCUUGCCCGACGUCUUCUUGUGCCGCCGCGUGAACUAUAUACGAGCUUUCGUAACCUCCAUCUCCAAACACAGGGGUCCAAUCAGGGGAGAAGAGGAAUCUUCUACUGUAUCUGUCGAUCCUUUUCUUCCAACAACAUCACAAGACAUGGACAAAGGAAAAGCAGUGAUGGGUUCGGGCCGUAGAUGGGCUGUUGAUUUCACUGACAAUUCGACCGCUCCUUCUUCUCGGGACUUUCCCGAUCCUCCUGGUUUCUCUCGCGCUUCUCAAGAUCAGGAUGAUUCCACUGUAACUAAGCAAAAAAAGGAUGCUGAAGCUAAUUGGAAAGCUCAGAAAGCUUGGGAAGUGGCACAAGCACCUUUCAAGAAUUUGCUGAUGAUGGGGUUCAUGAUGUGGAUGGCUGGAAAUACAGUUCAUCUUUUUAGCAUUGGUAUUACAUUUUCAGCUCUUUGGCAGCCCAUAAGUGCUCUUCAAGGGGUUGGGAAGGUUUUUGAGCCAUACAAAGACAGUAAAGUAGAUCUUCUUGGGCCUAAGUUGCUGUUUAUUGCCCUUAAUUUGGGGGGUUUAGCACUGGGAAUUUGGAAGCUUAACACAUUGGGGCUUCUUCCAACUCAUGCAUCUGACUGGGUCUCAUCCUUGCCUCCUGCUCAGGAGGUUGAAUAUUCAGGUGGUGGCAUUCCCCUGCAUUAAUGUGGUUCCUUGCAGUUGUUGAUCAAAGGAAGGGUUGAAGUGCAAAAAAAAAUCCACAAAGAAAGGUGCUAUUCUAGGACGAUGACCUGUUGUAUGCAUGGUGGGGUGACGCCAUGUAUAAUUUACCUCGCAGAUUGUUUAUCUUGGGUAGCAUGGGAGACAGCUCUGAUUGAUUCUACUCCAUAAGAGUGUAGUGGACUAGUAAUGGAUGCCAUAGUUCUUUUUUCCUCAUUCUAUUGAACCAUUAAUGAACGCUAUAUUUGUUUUCUUCCAGAAACUCAGGUCUGGAAUAGUCCUUGUAUUAAGCCAGUGAUAUAGUAAGUUUGUCUUCAUCUUGGAAAUUGAAUGGCGGUAUUCUGAUCCUAUCCUACAGUUCUAUAAUGCAAUAAAAAGGGUAACUUUGGCUGACA